GUUGCCACUUCCGCUUUCAGUCAUCAACACAAAACAUGUGUUCUCAUAGUAUGCGUGGAUGUAGACGAAACAGCUGAAUCUAACGAGACGGGGCGAGAGGCAGAAAAUGGCACAGGUCGCAGGGAUGUUCCGGCAAGCCUUCACGUUGCCCAGUAAGGAUGUGUUACGCUGGUUCCCAGGCCACAUGUACAAAGGCAUGGAGAGAAUACAAGCCACAUUGAAAGACGUGGACUGUGUUAUCGAGGUGCACGACUCUCGCAUACCGUUUUCAGGUCGUAACUCUCGUUUUAGAGACGUUUUAAGACUCAGACCACACGUGCUUUUAUUAAACAAAUUAGAUCUCGCCGACCUCGACACAUCUCGUCAAUCUCUCGUGAAAACCCGUUUGCGUUCUGAAGGCAUCGACCAUGUUUAUUUCACAGAUCUCCGACAGUUUCAACAGAGCAAAUUUCUCAAGAGCGAAAUCCUUCCCGCUAUCAUCAGCCUGACAGAAUCCAGACCCCGUUUCAGUCGACAGGGAUUGAAUGAAUACAGUAUCAUGGUGAUAGGAGUGCCUAAUGUUGGAAAGUCGACCUUUAUAAACACUGUGCGAUGGGCGAACAUCAAGCGGAAGGGACGGGCCGCUGCUGUAGGCGCUGAGGCAGGAAUUACCAAAAGUGUAGCCUCUAAGAUCAAAGUGAAUGCCGACCCUCCAGUCUACAUCAUAGACACGCCAGGAAUAUUUACACCACAAAUCCCGGAUGUCGAAACUGGCAUGAGACUUGCCCUUUGCGCAUGUCUACCAGAUUGUUUAGUUGAAGAGGAAACAAUAGCUGACUACCUCUUAUACAGGAUGAACAAGAUGCGGAAUUUUGCAUAUACCGAUGUGUUCGGGAUCCCCAAAGCUACAGACAAUAUCCUAGAUGUGCUAGCUCAUAUCGCCAUCAAAAAUAAGAAGGUUUUAAAAGUUCGUGAUUUUUCUAACAAUUCCUACAAAUUAAGACCCGACUUCAAAGAGGCAGGCAAACUAAUGAUUCGUGCGUACAGAGACGGAAUAUUUGGCAGGACAUUCCUUGAUGACGAUAGAUUGAAGUAAAGUAUCCCUGAGCUAA